UUUGUCGCUGUCUUUGCAUAUUGCUUUUCAAUGCUUUUCUUCUUCAAAGGACCCCCCCUUUGCAAAACAAGUCACAGCCAUGUCCGUUCUCGCUCUCUUCCUCUGGUUCUUUCACAGUCGCAGCAAGGCUGUGCAAGAGCAUGUCCUCGUGUUCUUGCGACCCGUCAUGUUCAAACUUCUCAAUCCCUUUCGUUCUGCCCAUCACUUCAACACCAUGAGAUCAAGCACAAUCGUCACCAUCGACGAGAUUCCAACACUUCAGGACAGCUACAAGGACUACCCGGAACCACCAAAGGGGCAAGAGCUGAGGUAUGCGGCGAAUGCAUCGUACAGUCGUCUGCUCUCACUAUGGCGAUAUCACAUCUCUGAAGAUCGAUGCAGUCGUCAAUGCUGCGAACGCGUCCCUUCAAGGAGGUGGAGGAAUUGACGGAGCCAUCCAUAGAGCAGCAGGGAAGCAGCUUUUGGCAGAGUGCGCCAAACUCUUUGGGUGCAAGACAGGCGAUGCCAAAAUCACGAGCGGGUACAAUCUGCCAGCGAGUCAUGUGAUCCAUACGGUCGGUCCAAGAGGCGAGCACCCGUUGUUGCUGUCAAGCUGUUACAAACGCGUCAUGGAUAUUGUCAAGGAGAACGAUCUAAAGUCGGUUGCCUUCUGCUGUGUAUCGACUGGCAUUUACGGUUACGAUAACGAAAAAGCUGCUCAUGUUGCGUUCAAGACCCUUCACGACUGGCUGGAUGCGCAUGAAGAUCAGGUCGAGAAGAUGGAUCGCAUCGUCUUAUGUGUGUUCUUGGACAAGGAUGAGAAUAUCUACAAGAGACUGCUACCCCAGUAUUUCCCCAAACCCGACGAUGCCACCGAGCGUCAGACAGCAAGUUAGGGAAGGGCAGG